GAGCCGAGGACAGUGCAAAUUCGUAGCUGGUAGAAGUAGUUAGCUCGCCACUUCUGACGCCAUUUUUUUCAUCACUAAAUCAACCACUGGCUUUAUAACCCAACAACAUCAUUAUUUUUUCAAAAAAAAAAUAGUCUAACAUAAAGAGUCUAUCUAUAUAAUUUCUUCUUCUCUAUUGUAAUAAUUAUAAGUUUGGGUAAUGGAUUUGCAAAAACUUAUUAGUGAGGUUCAAGCACGACCAGCUAUCUGGGAUCAAAAGAACACACAUUAUCACAAUCGAGAUGUUAUUAUGAAAAUGUGGGGAGAAAUAGCACGAGCUUGUGAUGUUUCCAGUGAUGUAGCCAAGUCAAAGUGGAAACAUUUGCGUGACAACUUCCGGAAUGAGCUGAAGAAGACGUACCGUAGUAAACAAUCAUGCGAUGGUGGCUCCCCGUUAGCUGUAGAGCCAGAAUCUAAAUGGAUCUGGUUCAAGAGUUUGCAGUUUCUACGAGAUCAAAUGAAUUCGCGAGUGAUCGGUUGUGGUAAUGCUGGUAUUGCGCAGACUGGUCAUUUUGCAGCCUCUCUGGAAGAGACACAGAUAGAGCCACAAAUCGACAUCCUUGAAGGUGAUGAAGAAGCACACUUUGAUGACCUUAUUGAUGCCGAUUCUUGCCAGUCGAUAUGUGAUGAGCUUUUACCUCAAACUGGUGUGACUAUUUCAAAGCGUGGAAAGGUUAAUAGAAAGCGAAUACUUAUAGAUUCUAAUGAUUCUGAGUACCAGAAUAUCGAAAGAAAACGAUACGAUGCUGUUCAUAGAAGGUUUUUGUAUCAAGAUGACAAUGAUGAUGAUACUUAUCACUUUUUGAUGAGUGUGAGAAGUCCAAUGAGAAGUUUACCACUUGAACGACAACUGUAUGUGAGAUUAAAAAUUCAAGAAAUUAUUUUAAAUGAAAUAACAUCACUUCAAAAUGAUUCUAAGCAUCAUCUAGCAGGAGAAAACUUGAUAUCGGAAAACGGAUCAACAGAACCUGGAAAUGAUGACAAUUAUUUUAGUUAAAUU